CAAUUUGUUUUCUUUUCUCUUUUGAGUUUGUUUUGGUUUUUUCUUCUUUUGUGUUGAUUGUGUUUCUUUAAUUGUUUAAUUAGUUUAAAUUCUAAUCCAUGAUUUCCACAAGUGGAACUGAUUUAACUCCUUGUGAUGAUUUACUCGCCUUUCAGGAUCACAUCAUGAAGAUGAGAAAAAUUGAUGACAAUAUUAUCUAUGCCCUGAAUAAUUCAAUCUCAGUUGAUUCUCAUAAGAAUGAUGUUUCCCUAUUGACAAGAGACUGUAAAGAUUUAUGGUUUCAGUUAAAUGAAUCUUACAAUAACAGGGAAAAGGCCAUUAGGAGAUGCAUUUCAUCAGUGACAGAGAAAGUGAAACAAUUGAAAGAUUCAAAGGAUAACAUUGAGCUAUUCAAACAGCUAAAGAAGGAGCAGAUGAAAUUACGAUCCUUCCAAAAAGAGCUCAACGUCGAAGAAGUGGUCAAAGAUCGAAGUAGAAAAGUAUUCUAUGAAAGAUGUCGAAAUUAUUAUAAACCACCGAUUGAUACUUGAUUGCAGUUCUCAAUUGAUAACAGAACAAAUUAUAAUUAGAAUGUUCAAAAUUAGGCCAACCUGAUAGUUUUUAAUCAAAAGAAAAUUAUUACAAUUGAUUUGUACAAGCAAAAGAUGAUUAAUAAGAAAUUGGAAUAUAUUACUUAUCGAUUGAUCAAUAUUAUCAACCAGAAAAUGAUAACAAUAUGUAUCAAUUUUAUUGAAAUGAUUUAGAUGAACAAUUAGACUUGAUCACCGAAAGACGAAUUAGUUUGUACGAAAGAACGGCAAGACUGAACAUAACUUAGAAUUCUCACCUUUGAUAACUUUCGAUUGACCUUAAAGUUCGUGAUUCUUUGGAUACCCGUCUCUUUGAAUUCUAAACUAAUCGAAAAUAGUGAAAGUGAUCUUUUUCUUUGAAAUUCUAAAACGAGACAAUUAGUGUGAAUAAAAUAGAUUUUUAUUUCUUAAUAUUA